UGACGGUACUUGUUUCGUGGGACAGCGGAAGUUCCCCCUUUUAUUUUGAAGUGCACUUCCAUCUGCACCGACGUUUACCGCUCUACCGAGGAUCGUCCGUUAACGAGCCAAAAAAAAAGACAACAACGUUCAACGCUCGAAUAACUCUCUCCGGUACCCGAUUGACAUGAGUCCAGAUCCGACGUGUGGAGCCCGGUGUUGUUAAGAUGGAGGAGUCGUUAGCCGGAAGUCCCUGUUCUUCCGAACCGGACAGUCCACGGGGUCUGAACCGAGGCUGCCUCCUGGAUCCGGCUGACGUCAUCUAUCAUGAUCUGUCCAUCCUCGUCCCGGAGACACCCAGUCCGCAGCUCGGCAAGAGGAGGAGACGAGUCCGCCCUCUGGAGGAGCCUCAUUCUGAUGUGGGCUUGCCCUGGCGACCGGAGCAGACGCACAGGUCCAAGCGACGGCGCCUGGCCUGCAGAGACGAGGCCGGGACAGAGCGCGGCGCCGGCUCCAUCCCGGCCUCGUCUCUGCGGGCUCUCCCCCCGGACGGCUGGCUGGAGGCGCCGCUGUCCACCGCGUCCUCCUCCUCCUCCUCCUCCUCCUCCUACCUCAACCCCAUCUCAGAGGAAGAGGUGGAGGCCUCUGCUUUAGAGCAUCUUCAGGUUCUUCUUCCCCAGAAGACGGCCUCACCACCACCAUCCUCCUCCUCCUCUCUGUCCUUCCUCACCGCGGAGGAGAGGAGGUGGCUGAGAGGAGAGCAGGCAGACGCCCCCUCAGCUCCGGAGGAGAUUGUCAUCAGUGACGAUGAGGAGAUGCGCUCGGCUCAGGAGGAGGAAGAUGAGGCGAUGGCUCGGAGUCUUCAGGCCCAGUUUGACCACGAGGAGUCCCGCAGCCGACACCUUCAUCAUCAUCAUCAGCUCCACUUCCGGAGCCCGCAUACGUUCCCGCCCUACAUGGAGCCCAGCUGGAUGCCUCAUCUUCUCGCCGCUGUUUCUCCGCUGGUCGCCCCUGACGACGAUCUGAUUGGUCGACACAGAAGACAUGGGCGGGGCAGAAGGAGGAACGCUGAGCCAGAGCUAUCAGAAGACCUUCAGGGGAACGACUACGAGGCUCUUUUGGCGUUUGAGGAACGUCAAGGUUCAGUCGUCUCCCAGAUGUUGAGCCGGAGACGAAUCCAGAUGUUCCCCACCAAGAGUUUUCAGUCAGCCACCAGGGGAGGGAGCACCCAGUGUCAGAUCUGUUUCUGUGACUACACUGACGGGGAGAAGUUGAGGAUACUGCCCUGUUUCCAUGACUACCAUGUCCACUGCAUCGACCGAUGGUUGAAGGAAAACUCCACGUGUCCCAUCUGCAGAGCGAACCUGGCCCUCUGACCCCCCCCCCGACGUCCUGCCGCCGUUUGAAGGAUGACUUGACUGUUUUUAUUCUGUUUGAUUGUUUUCUGUCUGUCGGCUCAAAUAAAAAGUUACAAUCUA